CUCUUCCAUUCGACCACCAUGUCCAUCACUAAAAUUGUUGCGCGUCAGAUCUUUGACUCUCGCGGCAACCCCACUGUCGAGGUCGAUCUUUUCACUGAAAAAGGCCGAUUUAGAGCUGCGGUACCCUCUGGAGCAUCCACUGGUAUUCAUGAGGCCGUAGAACUGCGCGAUGGCGAUAAAGGAGCCUACGUUGGCAAAGGCGCGUUACUCUACACUUUCUUGCGCGUCACCAAAGCUGUGGCUAAUGUCAACGAUAUCAUCGCGCCGGAGCUCAUAAAAGCUGGCAUCUCAGUUAUAUCCCAGAAAGAGGUCGACGAUUUUCUGAUCAAGCUCGACGGCACGCCGAACAAGGGCAAAUUGGGUGCGAAUGCUAUUCUUGGUGUUUCAAUUGCUGCUGCAGAGGCUGGCGCUGCUCAGAAAGGCGUUCCUCUGUAUCAGCACUUUGCCGAGCUCGCGGGUAUUAAACCACCAUACGUUCUCCCUUGUCCAGCCUUCAAUGUCAUUAACGGCGGAUCACAUGCUGGCAACAAGCUCGCGUUCCAAGAGUUCAUGUUACUACCUACUGGCGCAACCUCUUUCACAGAAGCCAUGAAGAUUGGUACUGAAACGUACCAUACCCUCAAGAAAGUUAUCAGUGCCAAGUAUGGCAUCGAUGCUGUAAACGUUGGAGAUGAGGGUGGAUUCGCUCCCAACGUCUCCGGGGCUGAAGAGUCUCUAGAGUUGCUAUCCGAAGCCAUCAAGAAAGCCGGUUACGAGGGGAAGAUCAAGAUUGCUCUCGAUGUCGCUUCCUCCGAGUUCUACAAGGAAGGAAAAUAUGACUUGGACUUCAAAAAUCCCAACUCAGAUCCUAGUAAAUGGAUUUCAGGCAAAGAACUCGCAGAGCUCUAUAUGAGCUACGUCAAGAAGUACCCUAUCGUCUCCAUCGAGGAUCCAUUCGAUCAAGACGACUGGGAAGCAUGGACCCACUUCACCAGUCUCGGAGGAAUACAGAUCGUUGGCGACGACUUGACGGUCACUAAUCCUCUUCGAAUCAAGACCGCCAUCGAGAAAAAGGCUUGCAAUGGGUUGCUGCUCAAGGUCAACCAAAUCGGAACCAUUUCAGAGUCUAUUCAAGCUGCACAACUUGCACAGUCUGAUGGUUGGGGAGUUAUGAUAUCCCAUCGCAGUGGUGAAACCGAGAAUACUAUCAUUGCCGACCUUUCUGUUGCUCUUGGAGUUGGCCAAAUCAAGACUGGCGCGCCUGCUCGCAGCGAACGUGUGGCAAAAUACAACGCUCUUCUUCGAAUCGAGCAAGAGAUUGCUGGCUCUGGGGCAACUUUUGCGGGUUCUGAUGGGCUCUCUGCUGGCCUGACCCCUCCUGCGUUGUUGAAGAAGUGA